CCAGCAGAGGGCGGUAUGGCUUCCUCAUCAGCAAAUAAAACCCAUAUGAAGAAGUCUCUGAAGCGCUGUGGAACGAAGAUGUUUGGAAAAGAUUCGAGUCGACUUUCUGUGGAGAUGAAGCUGUGUCAGGCUCUCAGACAUGUAGACAGAUUCAGGACCGUGUUCGACUUUGGAGGCCGGGAGGUAGCUCACUGGUUCCCAGGACACAUGGCGAAAGGGCUGAAGCAGAUGAAAGCCAACCUGAAGAAUGUGGACUGCACUAUAGAAAUUCAUGAUGCCAGAAUCCCCUUGUCUGGAAGAAACCCCAUAUUUCAGGACACGCUGAAUGUCAGACCACAUCUUCUUGUUCUGAACAAGAUGGACCUCGCUGAUCUGUCCAACAAGCCGAAAAUCCUGAAGAAACUAGAAAAAGAUGGAGUUAGGAAUGUUCUCUUCACAGACUGUUUGAAGCAAAGAGACGAGAACAUCAAAAAGUUGGUGCCAAUGGUAUUGGAAAUAAUUGAGACCAGUAACCGUUUUAACCGAGAGGAGAACAGAAAUUAUUGUUUGAUGGUGAUUGGAGUGCCCAAUGUGGGGAAGUCAUCACUUAUUAACUCACUGAGAAGAACAAAUUUAAAGAAAGGCCGUGCAUCCCGAGUGGGUGGGGAGCCGGGGAUAACUAAAGCAGUGCUGACAAAAAUUCAGGUAUCUGAGAGACCGUUAAUGUACCUGCUGGACACACCCGGCGUCUUACCCCCUAAAAUUGAGAGCGUGGAAACCGGCAUGAAGCUGGCUUUGUGUGGAACUAUCCUGGACCAUUUAGUGGGUGAAGAUGUUAUUGCCGACUACCUGCUCUUUUCUCUGAACAGGCUCGGAAAGUUUAGCUAUGUCGAGAAAUAUGACCUCCAAGAGCCAAGUGACGACAUCCAGCAUGUCCUCAAACGCAUUGCUGUGAAACUCGGAAAGACUCAGCGAGUCAAAGCCAUCACUGGAGUGGGAAAUAUCACAGUUACCAUCCCAAACUACACAGCAGCAGCUUACAAUUUCAUCAGAGCGUUCAGAAAAGGAGAGCUGGGACAAGUAAUGCUGGACUGAUCGGAGACAUUGUUAGAUCUAUUUCACCACUUGAAUGUCAACAUUGUUUAUUUCACCCCUGAUACGAUGCAGAGAUCAACGCCCACAUAUCCUUUGUAAAUAAAAGUAUUUAACUUA